GCCCGCUGGGCGGCUGGCUGUCCCCCGGGAGCCCCGCAGGGCUGGGUCCGCUCCCCCGCCUCACGCCGGGCGGCGGGAGCAAGCCGACGCCGACUUUGGGAGUUCCUUUCUGCCUUGUAUGGAGGGCUGCUCCCGGCCCGUCUCCGCCCGACUGCUCUGACGCCCAGCCCUCCUGCUGCCCACCCCCAGCCACCUCCCUCUGACUUGCCCGGAGAAGCCAGACGGAGCCUCUCCCUGCCACAAGUCUCUCCGCCUGCCAUUCCCCCAUUCCCGCAUCCACCCCCACCCCCUCCCCAGCGCCGUCACCCCUCCUCCGCCCCCGCCUCCGCCUCCUCCCGCUCCCCCGGCAAUCGGGGGAAUAAAUCAGGGAGGAAAUCGGGAGGCACCGAGAGAGCGAGAGCGCGCGAGCGCCGGCGGGCUCGCCCAGGUCUGUUUCCAAAGUCGCCCUUGAUGGCGGCGGAGGCGCGGCAGCCGCGGCGCGGAGCAGCGGACGCGCGCUAGUGGGUCCGCCCGCCGCCGCCCCUUCCCUCGCGCCGGGUUUCGCCCCUGCCGCCCCCCGAGCCAGUCCGCGCCCCGGCCCCGGGCGCGCCGGCUCUCCAGACGUCCGCGGUCCCGCAGAGCGGGCGCCUUCUCCUCCCGCGGUUUCCAGCACCGAUCCUUCCCCCCGGCUGGGGAGGGAGGCGGGAUUGAUCUUCGAUCUCGAAGAUGGCUGCUGGCUGCCUGCUGGCCUUGACUCUGACACUUUUCCAAUCUUGGCUGAUCGGCCCCUCGUCGGAGGAGCCGUUCCCUUCGGCCGUCACCAUCAAGUCAUGGGUGGAUAAAAUGCAGGAAGACCUGGUCACACUGGCGAAAACAGCAAGCGGAGUCAAUCAGCUUGUCGAUAUUUAUGAGAAGUAUCAAGAUUUGUAUACUGUGGAGCCAAAUAAUGCACGGCAGCUGGUAGAAAUUGCAGCGAGGGAUAUUGAGAAACUUCUAAGCAACAGAUCUAAAGCUUUGGUGCGCUUGGCCUUGGAAGCAGAGAAGGUUCAAGCAGCCCACCAGUGGAGAGAGGAUUUUGCGAGCAAUGAAGUUGUCUACUACAAUGCAAAGGAUGAUCUUGAUCCCGAAAAAAAUGAGAGUGAGCCAGGCAGCCAGAGGAUAAAACCUGUUUUUAUUGAUGAUGCUAAUUUUGGACGACAGAUCUCCUAUCAACAUGCCGCAGUCCAUAUUCCCACGGACAUCUAUGAGGGCUCAACGAUUGUGUUAAAUGAACUCAACUGGACAAGUGCCUUAGAUGAAGUUUUCAAAAAAAAUCGAGAGGAAGAUCCUUCAUUGCUGUGGCAGGUGUUCGGCAGUGCCACGGGCCUUGCCCGGUAUUACCCAGCUUCUCCAUGGGUUGAUAACAGUAGAACUCCAAACAAGAUUGAUCUUUAUGAUGUACGCAGAAGACCAUGGUACAUCCAAGGAGCUGCAUCACCUAAGGACAUGCUUAUCCUGGUUGAUGUGAGUGGAAGUGUCAGCGGAUUGACACUUAAACUGAUCCGAACAUCUGUCUCCGAAAUGUUGGAAACCCUCUCAGAUGAUGAUUUCGUGAAUGUGGCUUCAUUUAACAGCAAUGCCCAGGAUGUGAGCUGUUUUCAGCACCUUGUCCAAGCCAAUGUGAGAAAUAAGAAAGUGCUGAAAGACGCAGUGAAUAAUAUCACAGCAAAAGGAAUCACUGACUAUAAGAAAGGCUUUAGUUUUGCUUUUGAACAGCUGCUUAAUUAUAAUGUUUCCAGAGCCAACUGCAAUAAGAUUAUCAUGUUGUUCACGGACGGAGGAGAAGAGAGAGCCCAGGAGAUAUUUGCCAAAUACAACAAAGACAAAAAAGUGCGCGUGUUCACAUUUUCAGUUGGUCAGCAUAAUUAUGACAGAGGACCUAUUCAGUGGAUGGCCUGUGAAAAUAAAGGUUAUUAUUAUGAAAUUCCUUCCAUUGGAGCAAUAAGAAUCAAUACUCAGGAAUAUUUGGAUGUUCUGGGUAGACCAAUGGUGUUAGCAGGAGACAAGGCUAAGCAAGUCCAAUGGACAAAUGUGUACCUGGAUGCACUGGAACUAGGACUUGUCAUUACUGGAACUCUUCCGGUCUUCAACAUAACAGGCCAAGUUGAAAAUAAGACAAACUUAAAGAACCAGCUGAUUCUUGGUGUGAUGGGAGUUGAUGUGUCUUUGGAAGAUAUUAAACGACUAACCCCACGUUUUACACUGUGCCCCAAUGGCUAUUAUUUUGCAAUUGAUCCUAAUGGUUAUGUUUUAUUACACCCAAAUCUUCAGCCAAAGCCUAUUGGUGUAGGUAUACCAACAAUUAAUUUAAGAAAAAGGAGACCCAAUGUUCAGAACCCCAAAUCUCAGGAGCCAGUAACUUUGGAUUUCCUUGAUGCAGAAUUAGAGAAUGACAUUAAGGUGGAGAUUCGAAAUAAAAUGAUCGAUGGAGAGAGUGGAGAAAAAACAUUUAGAACUCUGGUUAAAUCUCAAGAUGAGAGGUACAUUGACAAAGGAAACAGGACAUACACAUGGACUCCUGUGAAUGGCACAGAUUACAGUUUGGCCUUGGUAUUACCAACCUACAGUUUUUACUAUAUAAAAGCCAAAAUAGAAGAGACAAUAACUCAGGCCAGAUCCAAAAAGGGCAAAAUGAAGGAUUCUGAAACACUGAAGCCGGAUAAUUUUGAAGAAUCUGGCUACACAUUCAUAGCACCAAGAGAUUACUGCAAUGACCUUAAAAUAUCAGAUAACAACACUGAAUUUCUUUUAAAUUUCAAUGAGUUUAUUGAUAGAAAAACUCCAAACAACCCAUCCUGUAACACAGAUUUGAUCAAUAGAAUCUUGCUGGAUGCAGGCUUUACAAAUGAACUUGUCCAGAAUUACUGGAGUAAGCAGAAAAACAUCAAGGGAGUGAAAGCGCGGUUUGUUGUGACUGAUGGCGGGAUUACCAGAGUUUAUCCCAAAGAGGCUGGAGAAAACUGGCAAGAAAACCCAGAAACAUAUGAGGACAGCUUUUACAAAAGGAGUCUCGAUAAUGAUAACUAUGUUUUCACUGCUCCCUACUUUAACAAAAGCGGACCUGGUGCUUAUGAAUCAGGCAUUAUGGUAAGCAAAGCUGUUGAAAUAUAUAUCCAAGGAAAGCUUCUUAAACCUGCAGUUGUUGGAAUUAAAAUUGAUGUAAAUUCUUGGAUAGAGAAUUUCACCAAAACAUCAAUCAGGGAUCCGUGUGCUGGUCCAGUUUGUGACUGCAAAAGGAACAGUGAUGUAAUGGAUUGUGUGAUUCUAGACGAUGGUGGAUUUCUUUUGAUGGCAAAUCAUGAUGAUUAUACGAACCAGAUUGGAAGAUUUUUUGGGGAGAUCGACCCAAGUUUGAUGAGACACCUGGUUAAUAUAUCAGUUUACGCUUUUAACAAGUCUUACGAUUAUCAGUCAGUGUGUGAACCCGGCGCUGCGCCCAAGCAAGGGGCAGGGCACCGCUCGGCGUACGUGCCGUCGAUAGCAGACAUACUACACAUUGGCUGGUGGGCCACUGCUGCUGCCUGGUCUAUUCUACAGCAGUUCCUCCUGAGUUUGACCUUUCCACGACUUCUUGAAGCAGUGGAGAUGGAAGAAGAGGACUUUACGGCUUCUCUGUCAAAGCAGAGUUGCAUUACUGAACAAACCCAGUAUUUCUUCGAUAAUGAUAGCAAAUCAUUCAGUGGUGUAUUAGACUGUGGAAACUGCUCCAGAAUCUUCCAUGUAGAAAAACUCAUGAACACCAACUUAAUAUUCAUUAUGGUUGAGAGUAAAGGGACUUGUCCGUGCGACACACGACUACUCAUACAGGCAGAGCAGACUUCUGAUGGUCCAGAUCCUUGCGAUAUGGUUAAACAACCCAGAUAUCGAAAAGGGCCUGAUGUCUGCUUUGAUAACAAUGUCUUGGAGGAUUAUACUGACUGUGGUGGUGUUUCUGGAUUGAAUCCCUCCCUGUGGUCCAUCAUCGGAGUCCAGUUUGUUCUACUUUGGCUUUUAUCUGGCAGUAGACACUGCCAGUUAUGACCUUCUAAAACUCAGUCUGCAUAAUUAAACUCCAGACCCUGCCAAAACAUGAGCCCUCAGUUGCGUUCAAAUAGGGUCAACUGUGGAAUGAGCAGAACACUAGCUGGGCCCAUACCAUCGCUAAAUCUAAGGCGCAGACUCAUAUGGCCCCCACUGGCUGCAUGUCAGGGUCUCAGAUCCUUAAACUUGUGUGAAUGCUGCAUCAUCUAUGUAUAACAUCAAAGCAAAAUUCUAUACAUGCUCUAUUGGAAAAUUGGAGAGUUCAUUGUUUGCAUUGUUGGUGAUUAUAUGUAAAAGGGCUCCCCAUACUGUUUAUGAAUCCUACAAAUUGUCUUGACCUUGACCUGGAAUUUUGACCUGCUGCAAUUCUUGUUCUUUUACCAAGAAAAUCUCUAGAGGGAAAAAAAAAAAAAGGAGUUAUUUUUGCCUUCACGUAUUCUUUUGUUAAAAAUCAUUUCUUGCUUUGAGUAGUUAUUAUUGAAAAAUAAAAUAGGGAGAGAUGGAUGUAAUCUGUUGAAAUAGAAAUAAUGGCUAAUUUUCUACAAAAAGAAAUUUGCCAUAAAUAAAAUGCCUUAUGAAGAAUGGCUUCUCUGCCAAAAACAGAACACAAGUGAUGACCAAUUAAGUUUUGCUGGGGUAAUGAAUUGAUGUUUAAAAAUAAUAACUAAGAAACUAUUAAACUAAAGGUGCUUGAAGAUGCAAUUUGAACAUGUGACAUAUUUCCUCAUAAAUGUAAGCCCUUAAUGCUUCGAUGUAAUGUUUCUUUUGUUCACAGUAAAGUUAUGUAGUGCUAGCCAAAUAAUUCAAAAUGCUCUAAGAGAAGCUUGUUGGGGGGGAGGGGUAAACGUCUUUUCUUGUGAUAAAUGAACUUUGGUUACCAAGGGUAUUUUGCAUGAUGCUGCUGCUAUUUUAACUUUUGGUUUGUUUUUCUCUUACUGUAGAGUAUAGUCCUUUGAAAAGUUAACUGAGUGACAUUAUUGUUAUGUAAGACUCUGAACCUUGCAGUGUAAUGCACUUAAGUCAUCCUUUAAAAUGUCGUUAAAUUACUCUGAAUAUACUGUGCAAUGUCAAUGCCGAAUGACUGGGGUAGGUAAAUGGUGAAAUGGGAAUUAAUGGAUUUUAUACAGACUCAUGCUUUUGCCUGAAAAACCUAUGUACAGAUAUUUUAAGUACAUAAAUCAGAUUUGACACAUUUAUUUUUUGAAGAGUACAUAUAUGUUCUCAAUGAAGAUUCACACUAGGUUUCCUCUUUGUUCGUUUGAAUAGGAGCACAUAUGCUCCAGACAUUUCCACCGCUGCUGCUUUUCUCCUCACCGUUGUAAAAGGUAGAUACGAUCACGUGACCAAGAUUCCAUGCAGUUUGAUGACGGUUUUAUAAUAAUCUGAACAAAUAGGAAACCUUGAAUCUGUAUGUAUGCACACGAAUACUUGAUUGUGAAUACUCAAAAUUGUUUUUCUACAGCCUCACUGGUGAAAAUGAUUAGUGUAGUAAACCGGGUACUUCAAUAUAGAGUAAUAUGGUAGAUUAUUAUUUAUGCUUUUAAAAAUAAUUUUUAGGAGUCAUCAGUGUUUGAAGAAAGGGUAAAAACAACGAAUGUGUAAUUCUAGUUCAACUGAGUAAUUCUGCCGAAGGCUGGAAGUAUACAAAUAUUUUUUAUGGUGAAAUACAUUUGUUCUUAUUUUGAACAUGCCAAAUAUUGGUGUGUGUCUAUGCUGGACAUUUUCUUAUACAUCAUUUUUAAGUCAAUACCUUAUUAACAUUAUCCAGCAUGCUUUAAGAUGCUCCGCAUAUCAAAGACAUAACCAAGUCUUUAGCAUAGUUUAAAAUACGUUUGUUUUGUUUUUAGCUUUGCAGACAUUCGUAAUUCCCUCCCACCACCGAUAUGCCGUGGGAACAUUUUGUGUAUAUUUCCUUAUUUAAACUAUUUUUUAUUUAAAAAUGGGGGUGGGUGGGAAUGGAAUCACUUUGCCAGCUAUUGUUCUAGGAGUUGACGUCAGUUACCAUUUCUAACGCAUUGUUGUGAUUUUGUAGUCUCAUUUGUAACUGGUAUUGACGUUUUAGAAAACACCAAAGUGAUUAAAAAA